AUGUGCCACGAGGAUAAGCAUGGGUCGGAUGAAUUGGCCACGACAACAGCCGCCGAGACUGUGGUCUGCGAGGGUUUUGCUACAGGGGCUCAAAAGUUGGAAUGUUUGCUGUCAAAAGGGUUGCUGGUUCGGGACAUAGAUAUACUAAGGGAGGCUGGAUAUUCUACAUUGGAGUGUGUAGCAUAUGCUCCUACCAAGACUUUGCUCUCAAUAAAGGGAUUUAGUGAGCAGAAGGUUGAUAAGCUGAAACAAGCUUGUAAGGAGUUAUGUCAUCUGGGAUUUUGUUCGGCAAACGAAUAUCUCGAAGCUAGGGAGAAUCUGAUCAAAUUUACAACAGGUUCGGUGCAAUUGGACCAAUUGCUUCAGGGCGGGGUGGAGACUGGUAAUAUUACCGAAAUUUUUGGCGAGUUUAGAACUGGGAAAACUCAGCUCUGUCACACAUUAGCGGUGACAUGUCAGUUGCCUGUGGAGUGCAGUGGAGGGGAGGGAAAGUGUUUGUGGAUCGAUACAGAGGGGACUUUUAGGCCUGAGAGAAUUGUUGCAAUAGCUAAGCGGUUUGGAUUGUCGCCAUCUGAUUGUCUUGACAACAUUGCCUAUGCCAAGGCAUACAAUUGUGAACACCAAUUGGAGUUGCUAGUUGAGGCAACGGCUAUGAUGGCUGAGUCCAGAUUUGCCCUGGUGAUCGUAGAUUCUGCCACUGCUCUUUAUAGGUCAGAAUAUUUAGGUCGCGGUGAACUGGCUAAUAGGCAAAUGCAUUUGUGUCAAUUUCUGCGCAGUUUGCAGCGAAUAGCUGAUACUUUUGGCGUCGCUUGUGUCAUUUCCAACCAAGUGGUUUGCAAGGUUGGAGACAUGUCGUCAAUGUUCGGAGGAAAUGACAAAUUGCCUAUUGGUGGGAAUAUAAUAGCGCAUGCCAGCCAGACAAGGCUAUUCCUACGCAAGGGAAAGGGGGAUUCUAGAAUCUGUAAGAUAUACGAUUCUCCCUCACUCCCAGAGGGUGAAGCCAUCUUCUGCAUUUCUCAGGGCGGAAUCAAGGAUUGCGAUGAUAAGAGCUUGCACUCAUCCUAA